AUGAAAAGUAAGAUAAUCGCUUAUUUUGUCUUAAUUUCUCUUGCUAUGUCUUAAAUGACUCUUGUACGUGAAGAUCAAAUGAAUUUUUCUGUUUCUGAUAGUAAUUGGAAUUAUGGUACAACAUGUGAUUGGAUCUAAAGCACAACAAUAAUAUCACAAAUUAGUGGUUGUGCUACAAAUAGUUUUUAAUACUCUUAUGUGGGAUCAACUAAUCGUAGAUCAAUGUAUACCAUUGGAAAUUUACCUCCUCAUUUUUAAGUUAAAAUCGUAAUGGAUGCAUAUUUUAUUGAUUCAGGAAAUGGUAUAAGUACAAUAGCAUAUGAUUGCAAUCCUUCCACAACAACUACAAAAUCAAUUUCAUAUAAAGACAAUGGUGCUGGAGGGAACAACAUCAAAAACUACUAAAAUGUUUGCAAUACAGGUUGGGGAAAUUUUCAGAUUUAGACCUAAAUUCUAACAUUUGUGCACAAUGAUAAUGAUUCAUUAUAAUUCAGAGUUUGUGCAACAUUAAAUGCUGGAAAAACUUUUGGAAUGAGAAGUUUAUAAAUAUAUGUUGAUCGUUGUCAUUGGUCUUGUCUAAAAUGUGAAACAAGUUCUGCCAUUAAUAAAUGCAAAGUCUGUUUUAAUAAUCCGACAGUGACUUUGGCAACAGCUGGUACUUGUACAUAAUGUCCCACAAAUUACCUUUAUAUAGAAUAUCUGAAUAGCUCAAAAGGAUGUUUUACUGAAUGUCAAUAUUAUAGAGUACCAGAUUCAAAUAAUGUAUGUUAAUUCAAUGAGAGUAAGAAGAUCUUUAUUUAUUAUAGAUAUGUUACCAUUUACAACCUACUUAGAUACAACUACAUUUACUACAGCAUCUCCUUGGGUUUUUAUUCCUGAUCCUAUCAAUUUUAAUAUUGUCAAUGUUGAAAGAAUAUCUUAAAUUCCUUGUGAUGUAACCAGAAAUUAUUUAGGCCCCUUUUAUUCAAAUGAGGGAUAUAAAUUAUAACUAUCAUUACCUUAUAAUAUCACUUAUAUUAGAUUUCGUGUAACACUUCUGAAAUUUGGAACUUGGGUAGAUUAUUCAACCAUAAGAAUACUUUUAGAUACUGAUGAAUAAGCUUCAAUCUAUACUAUUAGCAAUGCCAUUUUGAAUAGAAAUGCAUAAAUGUUAUUAACAGAAACAAAUUGCACAAGUCCUACAGUUACUUAUUAUAGAUUGGAAGCAAAAUUAAGAAGUAGUGCCAUAUCUCCAGUACUAAUAAUAUAGGGUAAUAUGGAGUAUGAUAUUUAAUUUAUUUAGUAAUAUUGGUGCUUAAUCUUGGGGAUUUAGAAAUGUCGUUUUAGAUAUAAUGAAAUGUUAAUCAUCAUGUUCGUGGUGUGAUUAUGAUUUAAAAUGCUAUGCUUGUUCUGCUGGAUUUUUGUAUAAGAAUAGAUGUGUACCUUCAUGUCCUCCUUAUUCAAUUGAAAGCCCUGGAGAAUGUACAGAUUAUGAUGAUCCUAUCCCAAGUUAUAAUUCUAUUUAAUUUAGAUACUAAAUAUCUAAUUAAGGCUUUUUAUGAUUCUACUAAUACCACAGAUACAGAUAUACCUGCAAUUGUAGGAACUUCAUCAUCAGAUUCAACUGAUUUUUCUACCACCGAUACAUUCUCUGGAACGGCAGGGUCCAAAAUAUAUUUUAGUUAUUAUUUAGGCAAAAGAGUUUUGGGAGGCCCUUUAGUUUGGAACAAAGCCAUCUUUACAUAGAAUUUUGUACUGAAUCCUCACUAUAAAUUCAGAAUCAGAUUUACUCUAGUUUUGGGAGAUGA